UCUUAUAUAUAAUCCACACAUUGACAUGUUUUCUUUUGCAACAACUGAGAAAGGUUUUGAAAUAAUAGUUUGAAGAUUGGUUUCUAAUUUUGGAGUUUGAUUGAAGAAUGUCCCUAGACCAGUUCAAGAAGCAAGCAUCUUCUUUCCUGCAUGAGAGAUUCAAAGUUGCAAGGCUGGUCUUCACUGAUGUUACCCAGGCAGAACUGUUGGCAGAGGAAGCAACAAACAAAGAUCCAGGCAGCCCUGAUGCUAAAACAAUGACAACAAUAGCUGAGGCGUCCUUUGAGGUUGAUGAUUAUUGGAGAAUUGUUGAUGUCCUUCACAAUAGGCUGCAUAGCAUUGAGUGGAAGGAAUGGAAACAAUCCUACAAAUCAAUGGUUCUUCUCGAGUUCUUGUUAACCCAUGGACCAGAAGAGUUUGCAGAUGAAUUCAAGAGUGAUUCAUAUAUCAUCCAAGAACUUGGAACUUUUAAACAUAUAGAUGAAAGGGGGUUAAACUGGGGUGAAAUCAUGCAGAAAAAGUCACAAAAGAUAUUACAACUUCUGAAAGGAGGGCAGACUUUAAAAGAAUCACGAUUGAGGGCUCUGAAAAUAACAAGAGAAAUUCAAGGGUUUGGAAGUAGUUCAUCACCUUCAUCGUCAUCAUCAACGUUAUCACCCAACUAUUCGCCCAACUUUUCACCCAACUUUUCAUUUGGAACAUCAAGAACUUCAUCAUUCGGUUCAUACUCUACCAUGAGUCCCACAUGGAGUGAUUUACAAGAGGAAAACAAAUUCGAAAAAUCACCAUUACCAAAUGACAGCCAUAAGUGGGAAGGAGUGGGGAAUGAGAUCAACUCUCCUGUAGACAAAAAGUCCCACCUUUGGGACCGCCCCACAAUUGAAGAGGAUGAUUGUCUACUUGAACCUGUGGAUGAUGAAGAGAAACCAGCAAGUUUUCUAAGUGGAGUUUGCUCAAAGCUCGUGGCUUUGAGCCCUACCCGUCCAGAGAGAGCAGGAUUUAGAAAAGCUUCUGAUAAAAGUGAGGAAUGACCGAAUGAAGAUAAAAAGUGUUUGUUACUGCAUUAAGAUUUGGUUGGCAACCAUAUAUUCUAAAACAAGGAAUCCUUUGUAGGGGAUACUUCUGUUAGAAAAGGUUAAAGCAAAUGAAGCUGGCUAAGCCACAACGCCAUGCUUGAAUCAUUACUUAGGAGUACCAAUGAUAAACAAUAUUGUAUUCUGUAGCACAGCAACUGUUUCUAAUACUUCAUCAAUGCAUUGGCACUCGAGGGAUGCCAGACUUAAAAUUCAGAAAAACAAAUAGGAAACAAAAACCAUAUCCAGUGGCACAGAAAUCUAAGUUUGACAGAUGAGCAGAGAAACAUCAGCACUCGGCAGAUUCAGAUAAAUACUUAAUUUGAGUAAUGUGGGCAGAUCGUGAAAAUUCAAGUAAAAACUCACUACAAUCCACGUCCAGAAUUCCAUACACUUCAAAACAUUCCCAAACUCCAAAUGGCUUGGG